AUGAGUGUCGAAGCAACCCCUCGUGCUGGAACGCCAGAUUCGGCCAUGGCCACUGCGGUGUCACAACAUAAGAAAUCCGCAAAUCCUUUCUUAACACCGUAUGCAUCUGAAUAUCCCUCGAGGAAUACAUCGUCAGCAGCAUUGCACCAGACCAUGCUCACCCAGCGAUAUUUUCAUUCUCGAAGAGUCAAAAAGGGCCAGGUUGAGCGACCGUGGACCAAGAUCAAGGACCCUAGAGAGAAGUGGGUGACAAUCAUUCCCAUCAUUGGGCUUCUUGUCGGCGUGAGUAUUGCUGGCCUCCUCGUCUGGGACGGUCUUCGGUCAGUCGUCAACCACAAAUACUGCCCUGUGUACUUGGAGGAUUUCGCAAAUGGCUUGGACUCAAAAGUCUGGACCAAGGAGGCUGAGGUUGGCGGAUUUGGCAAUGGUCAGUUUGAACAGACCACCACCACCGAUGAGAAUGUGUUUGUGCAAGACGGAAUGCUACAUAUCAAGCCGACACUGCAGGAUCCAAAGUUGGUGACGACGAACAAUGUGAUCAAUUUGUUGGCCGACGGUAUCUGCUCAUCUUCGGUCUGGAGCGACUGCAUCACGGGUACCAACACCACAAAUGGCACCAUUGUCAAUCCCGUCAAGUCAGGACGUAUCAACACCAAGAAAGGAGCGGCGAUCAGGUACGGCCGGAUUGAAGUCGAAGCCAAACUCCCCCAAGGUGACUGGCUGUGGCCUGCGAUAUGGCUGCUCCCGGUCGAGAGCAAAUACGGAGAGUGGCCACAAUCCGGCGAGAUCGAUAUUGCCGAGUCAAGGGGCAACAACCAUACCUAUCCCUCAGGGGGUAACGACAUCAUCUCCAGCGCGUUGCAUUGGGGACCCAACGAUGCCAACGAUGCUUGGUGGAGAACCAACGUCAAGAGGAAUGCCCUGCACACCACCUUCGCAAAGAGAUUUCACACCUUUGGUCUGGAAUGGUCGGAAAAAUACAUCUUCACCUAUAUCGACACUCGACUGCUGCAAGUGCUGUAUACCAACUUCAACGAGCCCCUGUGGCAACGCGGUCAUUUCCCCCUGUCCGACAGCAACGGUACACGACUUGUAGAUCCCUGGUCGCAGACGGGCAAUGCAGCGACACCCUUCGACCAAGACUUCUACCUUAUCUUAAACGUUGCUGUGGGUGGAACAAAUGGUUGGUUCCAAGAUGGGAAGAAUGGGAAGCCGUGGGUCGAUGCAAGUCCAACGGCGAAAAAGGACUUUUGGAAUGCUAGAGACACCUGGUUUUCGACGUGGAAAGAGGGCGGCGAGAUGGUGGUGAAAAGCGUGAAAAUGUGGCAGCAACAGGGAUACAAAGGUUGUCAGUAA